AAUAUACUGAAAAUACACACUCCCAUUCAGUCACUUUCCAUUUCUCCCUCACUCCUUUCCUAAAACCCUAAACCAAAAAUGGAGCAUCCAUUCUUCAUCAACAACAACCCACAAACAACCCGACCCGAAGCCAUACGUUGGCUUUCAAUCUCGGAAAAACUCUUAACAAACCGUGACUUAAUCGGAUCCAAAUCAUUCGCAACCCGUGCCCGUGAAUCCGACCCGACAUUAUCACCCGCUACUGACCAAAUCUUAACCAUUGUCGAUACCUUAAUCGCCGGCGAUAAACGUAUUAACAAUCACCAUUUUGAUUAUUACUCAAUCCUUCAAAUCCCUAAUAAUCAAACCCAAAAUUCUGAUUUCAUUAAUGAACAAUAUCGGAGACUUAAUGUUGUUCUUAAUCCUCAGAAUAAUAGUUUUCCAUUUGCAGAUCAAGCUUUUAGGUUAAUUGUUGAUGCGUUUUCAGUUCUUUCUAAUCCUUUAAGGAAAAGUAUGUAUGAUAAAGAAUUGGGUUUCUUUGUUAAUCUUUAUCCAGUUGCUUCUACAACAACGAAUUUUGUGCAGCAUAAUGUUUAUUCCAAUGACAAUGCUAAUGCACACCAAGUGUUUGUGAAUAUGCCUACUCAAGAUCAAGGGGAUAAUCAAGGGUCACAUACUGCUGGAGUAAGCUUUAGUAGGGAUCCACAAGCUGGAAUUUCUAUGCCAGUGACAUUUCUAACUCGUGAACAAGAAACUGUGACAUCUAUGGCAAGCUCGGACAUUGAGCAGCAGCAACCUCAACAAUCUGUAACAUUUAUGAGACAACAACAGACACAACCUGUGACUUCUAUCUCAUUUUCGAACACAGAUGAACAACCUGCGACAUUCUUGAGUUUGAACCAACCACAGCCGGUAACCUCUGUGAGAAGCUUAAAUAGAGAAAACCCACCAUUUGGUAUCGGGUUGAGCUCGACACAAGGGCGAGAACCUGCGGUGGUUUCUGCAGAGCAGCAUGGGAAUCAACAGCCCCCGGAGACGGGGAGAAAUGAGAAUGUGGUGGGGAACAAUGGAAAUAAGUCUGCAAGUACUAGUGAUAAUGUGAAGGAGAAAGAAGGGAAUGCAGAUGCAUCAGGUGAGAGGAUACCCAGUUUCUGGACUGCAUGUCCUUAUUGUUAUAUUAUGUAUGAACACUCUUUGGAUUAUACUGAUUGUACUUUGAGGUGUCAAAAUUGUAAGAAGGCUUUUCAAGCUGUAAAAAUUGCAUCGCCGCCUCCAAUUAUUGAUGGAAAAGAAAUUAAUUUUUGUUGUUGGGGAUUUAUGCCUUUCGGAUUGUCUUUGAAGGAUUUUGACAGAAAUAUAGAUAAUGAUUCAAGCUGGUCUCCAUUUUCGUCCAUGUUUACUUGUCCACGAUUUGGGGGGAAUGGAGGGAGUCAUGUAAACAAUCAUGCUGUUGGAGGACAGAGUAAUGUGAAUAAUCUUGGCAGUUCGCAUAAUGCUGGUGAAUCGAUAAGUGGGGGUGGACGAAAACAUUUUGCUCCAAGAAUAUAUGUUGAUGAUGAUGAGGAUGAUGUGUUUGUUGAGGUUUCGGAGUCAGAUGAGGAGUGGAAUCGGAAUAAGGAGAGGAAGAAAGCAAAGAAUGGGAAGCGGAAGAGUGCAAGGACUGGAACCCCAAGUAAAAAUGCCAAGAAACAGCAAGCUGAUAAGGCGAACUCUGUUGAAGGGCAUAAUGAUGUCAAUUUACAAGAUAGCUUAGCAACUCAAGGUGGUGUAGAAAUGUCCCAUGUUGAAACAGUUGAGUCAAGUAAAAGAGGUGUGGCAAGUAAGACACGAAGGCAACCUGGGAGGGUUGCAAAACACUUCGGCAAUUUAGAUUUGAAUGUGGAGUUCAGUAAUGAGGUUGAAGAUCCCAUAGUUCAGAUUGGCCGAGAAAAUGAAGCAGGAGAGGGAGAGGAUGAUACUGUUGAAGUAAUUGGGUUUUUUGAAGGUCUUGAUGAAUUCCUUAGCAGUCUUCCUAUACUAAAUGCUGUGGAUGGUGAUAAGGUAGAGGCUGCCUAGCGAAGUAAGACACUUCUGUUGUUGUAGUUGUAGCUAUAAUUUUCUUCUUCUGGUGUAGUUAAGACUGGUGUAGAAUUACUCGAGGCACUUGCAUUGAUGUUCCUUUUGUAAUGCUAAUUUAUUGGCAUUAUCUUCCGAAGUAGCUGCAGUAAGCAGUUUACUACUUCUAUCUCCAUGCUCCUUGAGUAAUCUUUUUAUUAGUAAUCAUAGUUUUCUUUAUCUUGCUUAGUUCUUCCUUUCUAAGAAAAUUAUCUUUUCAUUUUUAAGAGAUGAAAUGGGUGUUGUUAUGGCCUCAUUUGCCUACUGUCUGAUCAUUGCAAAACAAAGUUGUUUUGCAACUUGAACUCCUGUCUAUGUCAAAAGUAAAUUUAGUCUAUUUCGGCAGGCAAUUGAUAGUGCUUAAGUGCCAUUCUUCCUUUUGCUUAUCUGGAGUUCUAAGAUGAGGAUCUUACUGGUUAAGAAUAUUUGUUGCACUGUAAUAAAUACUCCUAACCAGUGUUUACGAAGGCGUUUUUGGGGCGACACUUGGGGCGUACCAAAAACGCUCCGGUGCGCAAACGAAAGGCGUAGAUCCGUAGUACUCUCUUUGAAUAUUCAUGUUUUGUUUUAUAUGUGAUUGGUUGCUUUGAUUUUGAAUCUCCCAAGUAUUUUGCGAUGAUGUGCCCAUGUUUGAUAUUGCUGGUUUGAUGUUUCUUUUUCAUAUUCUUAAAUGAUUACCUUCUUUAGCUGAUACGUACGUGCUGCACAUUGUUCAUUCAUUUUCUCAUGCAAAAUGUAGACACUAAUUUCCAUGAGAAUUAUUCACUUUUUCCGGAAUAAUUUUUGACUUUUUUCAAAAUCAGUAUUUGGUUAUAAAAUUUCCAAAUCAAACUUGGAGUUGGAUUCCAAAUUUGGAGAAGUGUUCCAAACCUGUUUACCAACUCCAUCUUCAUAUAUUCCAAACUGCUCUCUUCUCUCCUUUGCAAAAAGAAUAAUCAAACACGACUCUAUCUUCAACUCCAACUUCAUAAAUUCCAAAUAAAGUGAAACAUAUUUGGAAUCUAUGGCCAAACGCCUACCAAAUUACAAUUUAAAACUAAUCCAUGAAUCAUAGUCAUAGAGGUAAAUAUUUUAAUCACAUCCGUUGCGGGUUCGAGCCCUAUACCAAGCAAAUUAAGCCUAGUAUUUAAGUGGAGAAGAUGAAGCGGUGGAUCUUCAUCCAAAGUUUGAAAAUUACGAUUCGGAUUGGUUCUUUCAAGUGCUGAUGACAGAGUGUGGAGCUAUGAUGAGAUGAAGAUAGUGGAAGUAGCUGCUGAUCAGGUGGCUGUGGCUUUGUCCCAUGCUACUGUUCUUGAAGAGUCUCAGACAAUGAGGAAGAAACUAGAAAUGAGGAAUCGUGUGCUGCAGCAGGCUAAGAGAACGCUACGAAGGCAAGGACUUUGUUUCAGAAAGUGAUGAACAAUGGAAUGAGGCGGCCUAUGCAUAUAAUUUUGGGUUUGCUCUCCGUUUUUCAAUAUGAGAAAGCAAGCGAUGACCAGAAGAUUAUUGUUGAUAGAAUGGUGAAAACAAGCACUGUUCUGUCAACAUUAAUAAACGACGCGAUGGAGAUAUCUGCCAAAGAUGAUGGAAGGUUUCCAGUAGAAAUGAGGCCCUUUCAGUUGCAUUUACUGGUCAGGGAGGCUUGAGUUUCAGCAUGUGCAGAAUGCUUGUCCAGGGGAUAAUCAAGGGUCACAUACUGCUGGAGUAAGCUUUAGUAGGGACCCACAAGCUGGAGUUUUCAUGCCAGUGGCAUUUCUGACUCGUGAACAAGAAACUGGGACCUCUAUGGGAAGCUCGGACAUUGAGCAGAAGCAACCUCAACAACGUGUAACAUUUAUGAGACAACAACAGACACAACUUGUGACUUCUACUUCAUUUUCGAACACAGAUGAACAACCUGCAACAUUCUCGAGUUUGAACCAACCACAGCCGGUGACCUCUGUGAGAAGCUUAAAUAGAGAAAACCCACCAUUUGGUAUCGGGUUGAGCUCGACACAAGGGCGAGAACCUGUGGUGGUUUCAGCAGAGCAGCAUGGGAAUCAACAGCCCCCGGAGACGGGGAGAAAUGAGAAUGUGGUGGGGAACAAUGCAAAUAAGUCUGCAAGUACUAGUGAUAAUGUGAAGGAGAAAGAAGGGAAUGCAGAUGCAUCAGGUAGGAGGAUACCCAGUUUCUGGACUGCAUGUCCUUAUUGUUAUAUUAUGUAUGAGUACCCUUUGGAUUAUAAUGAUUAUACUUUGAGGUGUCAAAAUUGUAAGAAGGCUUUCCAAGCUGUAAAAAUUGCGUCGCCGCCUCCAAUUGUUGAUGGAAAAGAAAUUAAUUUUUGUUGUUGGGGAUUUAUGCCUUUCGGAUUGUCUUUGGAGGAUUUUGAUAGAAAUAUGGAUAAUGAUUUGAGCUGGUCUCCGUUUUUGCGCAAUGCUUACUUGUCCUCAACCUGGGAGGGAUGGAGGGAGUAAUGUAAACAAUCAUGCUGUUGGAGGACAGGUGGAUGGUGAUAAGGUAGAGGCUGCCUAGGGAAGUAAGGGCACUUCUUUUGUUGUAGUUGUAGCUAUAAGUUUUCUCUUCUGUAUGUUGCAGUUAGGAAUGGUGUAGAAUUACUUGGGCACUUGCAUUGAUGUUUCCAUUGUAAUGCUAAUUUAUUAAUAUUCUCUUCCGAAGUAGCUGCAGUAAUCAGUUUACUGCUUGUAUCUCCAUGCUUCUUGAGUAAUCUUAUUAUUAUUAAUCUUUGUUUUCUUUA